GUUUGUUGGGGUUUUUUUUUUUAAUCUAAGACACUUUCAUUUAUUUGUACUUUACAAUUGUGCAGUUAGUUGAAAGAGCACGAUUUCAUAUACUCUAUAAUUAUAAUGCAAGAAAUAAUUAAAGUUACUAUAUCCGGAAUAGUUUUAAUAGCUAAGCAUUUAUAAAAGAUAAUCCUCACCUGAUUUCUUGCUGUGGCGUGCUACACAUUGUAGUGGAUUAAAUGCUAAUAUAUAUAAUUUGUUAAAUAUGCACACACAGCGAAAAAAAGUGUUAAAUUGACCAAGGUAGGCCUAAUUGGUAACUCCUAGAACUGAGCUUCGUUUCAGUCUUGACUGUAAAUGGCUAAUAAUGGUCAUUUAAUUUCAGCCUGAAGACAUUAGUGAGCCAGGUACGAAGGGUAAGCAGAUAAAAAUGGAACAGUUUGUGAGCCAUGUUAACAGGUGGGCUGCAAAUGAUCAUCGCACGUUGGCGGCAGACAGGAAGUUAACAGAAAUGAUCUGUUUAGACAUGCAGCCGAUGUCCAUGGUUGAAGAUACUGGCUUCAAGACUUUUGUCGACACUCUGCAGCCAUCCUACAGUUUGCCAACAAGGAAACACUUGAGGUGGAAUCUAAUUCCAAAGCUCUACAAUGAAAUCAAGGCCAACAUCAAACAACAGCUUGAAAUGGUGGAGAUUGUUAGCAUAACAACUGACCACUGGACAUCCCGUGCGAAUGAUGCGUACAUGUCAGUAACAGCGCACAUCCUUACAGAAGAUUUUGAGCUCAAAGAUUUCUGCCUGGACGUUGCAUACAUGCCCCAGAGCCACAAUGCUGAGAACAUAUCACGGGCACUUGUUGACAGUGUGAAGAGCUGGAUACCUGGUGCCGGAACUAAUAAAGAAGUGAAAAUAUAUGUAGUGUCGGAUAAUGCGGCCAAUAUUCAAGCUGCAUGUCGAUUGCUUCCAGACAACUACAGAGCAUUGAACUGUUUUGCACAUACGCUACAACUUGUAAUCAAAGAUGGACUGAAAGAAUUCACUGGAGCCCAGAAUGUAAUUUCCAAGUGCCAGAACAUCGUGAAUCACUUUCACCACUCAGCAAAAUCUACACAUAUGUUGAAAGGCAUGCAAAAAACAAUGCAGAUGCCAGACCACAAACUAAAAUCACAGUGCGAAACCCGAUGGAAUUCAACAUUCCAAAUGAUUGAAAGGAUGGUGGAGCAAAAACAUGCAUUGAAUGCCACUCUUGCAUCUAUAACGAAAGUCAACAACCUUUCCGCACACGAAUGGAAGACUGCCGAGGAGUAUGUGCAAGUUCUUCGUCCAUUUGAGGAUGCAACAACCAUUAUGUCGGCAACUCGGUAUUCCACUCUGUCCAUGGUCAUCCCCGUUCUCAACACCUUAUGUGACGAAAUGAAAGCUGCUGAACUCAACACAUUUGGUGAAUGUAUUAUCAAGAACAUAAACAAUCGCUGGCCCGAUUACGAGAAAACACAACUCUUCUACAUUGCAACAGUGCUUGAUCCUAGAUUUAAGCAAUAUGCAUUUUCAUCAGAAAGUUCAAAAAACGCUGCCAGGUACACCCUACUUGUUGAAGUCUUGGACAUUUAUGAGAAAAAGGCAGAAAGGGAAAAAGCAAGGAAAGCUGAUGUCAGUAAAAAUAUCGGAAGCAAACAUGCUUCAUCUGUAGUAGCCUCUGCUGCCACAACCUCUACCUCCACUGCUGCCACUGCUUCUACCUCCACUGCAGCUGAACAGACAGAACCAAGCGUCGAGCAAAGUACAACUACAUCCAAGAGUGGGAAACAUGAUUUUUGGGGAUUGUUUAAAAAAAAAAUUGCCCAGAAACAAGACGAUGAAGUUCAAAAGCAAAGCAAAGAGGAACUGAGGGCUGUCAUGCAAUAUGAGAUUGACAGGUACUUGAGUGAACCGUUGAUUGAUCCUUCACAGUGUCCAUUUGAUUGGUGGAAGAUGCAUAAUCGCAGUUAUCCAAACGUUUCCGCUGUGGCUAGAUUGUACCUGGCUAUCCCCAGCACGUCGGUGCCAAGCGAGCGCAUUUUUAGUAAAGCAGGUCUUAUCAUUUCUGACAGGAGAUGCAGCUUGAAACCCAGUGUUGCUGAACAAUUGGUAUUUCUAAAUCACAACCUCAAAGCUAAAGGCAUAAAGUCUUAAAACCAGUGACUGGCAAUGGCCACAGUAGAUUGUACCUGCAAGGCUGUGCAGCGUGUAGAUACUUUAAUCUCUUUUAUUAUUUGUUUAUGAUCCUGGACUGGGAGUCUUAAGGACAACGUUUUAUUUAAGGCAUCAUAGGUGAUUAGAUCACAUAACUAACAGUUACACUAAAACAUUGGCAUGCCUGGAAGGCCCUAGAAGUGUUUGAUUUUAUGAUUAGCUAUUUAUGAUGUGCAGUUGUUCAGUAUGUUUUCGCCAAGUUAGGUUGGAAGCGACUAGACGUGAUAUCAAUGAUCAUGCUGUUGUUUUAAAUUAUUAUAUUACUUUUUUUUAAAUUAUUAUUUAAUAUUAUUUUGUCCCUUUGCGAGUUGCUGACUGUAGGUGAGGCAGAACUACUUAGCAGUACUCCACUUACCCUGACCUCAACAUACAUGUCUAUUAUUUUCCUUUGUUCUGAGUGUCAGUGAACGACUGACUAGUCUAAAUGAAGACUGGAUAUAACAUUCUCUAUAGUGUAACAUUUCCAAAUCUAGUUCAUAAUAUUUGAUGAUCACACUGUCACACAAUAACAGUGAUACACAAUAAAACAUUUUGUAAAAUUACAUAUUAAGUACUUGACAUUGUUUAUUGUGGUUCUGAUACUUCUAGUUACUUCUGCAGUCUAUUUAACUGUAAAUGUUUACCUGUAGGUCAUCAGAUGAGCAAUGGUUCAACGACAUUACUUGUUAGAAAACCUCCCUUUGCUAAAAAAAAAAAAAUGGGUUGGGCAGAAAUAAAGGGAAGACCCUAACGUGGGCGUGCAUUUCGAGGCAGGUAUACAUAAAAUACUGCUUAAUAUUGGUUCGUUAUUAGUGUUAUAUGAAUACCGAAUACCGUACCGAUACCGAGGUAAAUCGCCACCACAAUACCGAUACCGAUACCG